GAGAGAGGACGGAAGCCUGUGGGAGCCCGUGGCCUUUAAAGUGCGGUUCAGUCCUUUCCUCCAGGGGUGGUUUGUAAACACCGCUGAGCUCGGGUCUCCCCAGCGACCGAAAGAAGCAUGAACUAGUGACCUGGAAAGGGAUACUUAGAUGGAAACUUGAGAAGCACUGCUUACUUGAUUAGAGUUGAGGGAUUCCUGGCAGAAGAGUAAAUAAAGCUCAUGGCCCACCAGCUAGAAAGUAUCCUUGCCAUGAAAAAGAGGACGUGAUAAGUUGUACAACUUAUGAAAUUCAAGUUACAUGUGAAUUCUGCCAGGCAAUACAAGGACCUGUGGAAUAUGAGUGAUGACAAACCCUUUCUAUGUACUGCCCCUGGAUGUGGCCAGCGUUUUACCAACGAGGAUCAUUUGGCUGUCCAUAAACAUAAACAUGAGAUGACACUGAAAUUUGGUCCAGCACGUAAUGACAGUGUCAUUGUGGCUGAUCAGACCCCAACACCAACAAGAUUCUUGAAAAACUGUGAAGAAGUGGGUUUGUUUAAUGAGUUGGCAAGUCCAUUUGAGAAUGAAUUCAAGAAAGCCUCAGAAGACGACAUUAAAAAAAUGCCUCUAGAUUUAUCUCCUCUUGCAACACCCAUUGUAAGAAGCAAAAUUGAGGAGCCCUCUGUUGUAGAAACAACUCACCAGGAUAGUCCUUUACCUCACCCAGAGUCUACUACCAGUGAUGAGAAGGAAGUACCAUUGACACAAACUGCACAGCCCACAUCAGCUAUCGUUCGUCCAGCAUCAUUACAGGUUCCCAAUGUGCUGCUUACAAGUUCUGACUCAAGUGUAAUUAUUCAGCAGGCAGUACCUUCACCAACCUCAAGUACUGUAAUCACACAGGCACCGUCCUCCAACAGGCCAAUCGUUCCUGUACCAGGCCCAUUUCCUCUUCUGUUACAUCUUCCUAAUGGACAAACCAUGCCUGUUGCUAUUCCUGCAUCAAUUACAAGUUCGAAUGUGCAUGUUCCAGCUGCAGUCCCACUUGUUCGACCAGUCACCAUGGUGCCUAGUGUUCCGGGAAUUCCAGGUCCUUCCUCUCCUCAGCCAGUACAGUCAGAAGCAAAAAUGAGAUUAAAAGCUGCUUUGACCCAGCAACAUCCUCCAGUUACCAAUGGCGAUACUGUCAAAGGUCAUGGUAGCGGACUGGUUAGGACUCAAUCAGAGGAAUCUCGACCACAGUCAUUACAACAGCCAGCCACAUCCACUACAGAAACUCCGGCUUCUCCAGCUCACACAACUCCACAGACCCAAAAUACAACUGGUCGUCGAAGAAGAGCAGCUAAUGAAGAUCCUGAUGAAAAAAGGAGGAAGUUUCUGGAAAGAAAUAGAGCAGCAGCUUCAAGAUGUAGACAAAAAAGAAAAGUCUGGGUUCAAUCUUUAGAAAAGAAAGCAGAAGACUUGAGUUCAUUAAAUGGUCAACUGCAGAGUGAAGUCACCCUGCUGAGAAACGAAGUGGCACAGCUGAAACAGCUUCUUCUGGCUCAUAAAGAUUGCCCUGUAACCGCCAUGCAGAAGAAAUCUGGCUAUCAUACUGCUGAUAAAGAUGAUAGUUCAGAAGACCUGUCAGUGCCGAGUAGUCCACAUACUGAAGCUAUACAGCAUAGUUCUGUCAGCACAUCCAAUGGAGUCAGUUCAACUUCCAAGGCAGAAGCUGUAGCCACUUCAGUCCUCACGCAGAUGGCGGACCAGAGUACAGAGCCUGCGCUUUCACAGAUUGUCAUGGCUCCUUCCUCCCAGUCACAGCCCUCAGGAAGUUGAUUAAAAACCUCAGUGCAGCAGUUUUAGAUACUCAUUAGUGACUUCAAAGGGAAAUCAAGGAAAGACCAGUUUCCAUUUAUGCGAAGUCUGUGGUUGUAAAUUUUUUUUUUUACUUGAAAUUAAAUUUGGCUCUAAAGUUGGUGUAGCAGCAGUUGAUGAUCAGACUGAACAACAACAGUUUUUAGUCUCUGGAAAAAGACUGAUUUUGCUUUUUUUAUAAAUAUUGUUAGAUUUAUUAAUUUUUCUGUGCUCAAUGUGUAAAUUGUAUUAUAAUUCAUUGUGGUUUAUUUCACUUUUAAUUUUGUGGUGUUUUAAUAAAUGGGGGUGUUACUGAAUCUCUCUUCCCACUUCCAUUUCUUUUGACCACCUCUUAACCCUCAACUGUGAUGGUAGUAUUGUUAUAUCAUUUAUACCAAAGUUCUGCAUAGUCCCUAUUGACUUUGUAGUGUUAACAAGGUCAUAAAGCACUAGCAAGAGAAAUAUAGAAAUUUGCUUUUAAUCUUUUUGCCUUUUAUUUUGCACAUUAUGCAAAAGGAAGAACA